AUGUCCAAGGCGACUGGAACUGCUGUCAACUGGGUGCAAAUGGUUGGGAUGGAGGAUUGGAGCUUUCAGUAUGCUCAUAUGUCAAUUGUUCCUGUAGGUCAACUCUGUAUUGCCAAGGGUGAGUUGCAAAUGGCGUCUGACUCGUUCAAGAUUGUGUUGGAUGAAGAUGAGAACAAUUUUCCAGCUCUACUUGGUCAGGCCUCUGUUUACUUUUUGAUGGGCGAAGCAGAGCAGCAGCACAAAAAAUCAUUGGAGCAUUACAGGAACUCAUUAGAUCUCUACAAGAAAGCUCUUCGGGUCUAUUGCAAUUGUCCUGCUGCUGUAAGGCUUGGUAUAGCUUUUUGCCGAUACAAACUUGGACAAGUGGAAAAAGCUCGUCAAGCUUUUCAGCGAGUUUUAGAGUUGGACCCUCAGAAUGUUGAUGCACCGGGCGUGAGCAGCAGAUACGGACGAUCUAGAUUGGCUGAAGGCAGAACCAGGGGAGGCAGCCUACCCCUUAUAAAAUGA